AUGUCCAAUGCUGAACCUAAAACAAAGAGGAUGGCCGUGGGCGAGGAGCAUGCGGGCGAAAUUUGGACAGAUUUACUUGGUUGGCAACAAGACGCAGUUCAGAUCGACGACGAAAGUUUUGAAGAGUUUAUGUGCUUGGGUACAAGUGUCAGUGUCUGGAUCAACAAAGAGGUAGAGGGGAGAGACCAGGUUGAUAUGCUAGAUUGCGACUCGGAUAUCUAUGCCAAGAUCCAGUAA